AUGAAGAAGGAACCUAGAGAAGGGAAUUGUCAAUUUGUAGGUUUAGGCUGCAGUAUCAAGGAGUUUAUGAGAAUGAACCUUUCGACCUUCAUAGGAGGACCUGAUCCGGUGGCUGCCAAGAAUUGGGUACAGGAAAUAGAGGAGAUCAUGAUUGUACUUGACUGCACGGACGAGCAGAAGGUCCGUUAUGUUUCCUUUAAGAUGACAGGAGAAACAAAAUGGUGGUGGCUUUCUGCGAAGCUGCUAGAGGAACAGAGGCUGGUAAAGAUAGUCCUAAUAUGGAAAAGAUUCAAGAAGCUAUUCUUUGAUAGAUAUUUUCCUUCAUCUAUCAGAGAGGAAAAUAUUGAGGAGUUCAUUGAUUUGAUUAAGGGGAAUAUGACGGUUGCGGACUAUGCGGCUAAAUUCGUGGAAUUGGCGCAUUUUGCCCCAUUCUUGGUCCCGGAUAAGGCAAGGAAGGCCAGGAAGUUUGAAAAGGGCUUUAGGCAAAGAAUCUAUAAAUUGGUGGUUGGGUUUCAGGUCUAG